CAGAUUUUCUUUUCCUGUUUCCUGCCUUUUCUGCGUUUCAGAAAAACUGGAUGACACUAAAAAGAAUAUCUGAAGGAUAACUACUAACAAAACCCUUACUCUGGUGAGCUGAAGAAAUUUUGAGCAAAACAAAAACAAAUCAGGAACAAAUGGAGUUUAAUGAAGUGGCAAUUUACUUCUCCAAGGAGGAGUGGAGCUGUUUAAAUGAAGAGCAAAGAAAAAUGUAUAAGAAUGUGAUGAUAGACAAUUAUCAGACCCUCAGGUCUCUAGGAUAUGUUCAAAUGAAACCUGCAAUUGUCUCAAACAUUGAGCUAGGAAUAGAACCUUAUAUCAAUCAGGAGGACAUUCUGUUAAAUACCAAAGAUGGACCUAUGAGCUGGCAUAUUACUGGAAAACACUAUAAUAAAGUUAAAAGAUGUAAUAUAGAAAAUUACAAUAUACUACAACAUGACCAUAACUAUUGUGUAAACAAGACAGACUACAAUGAAUACAAUCAAAACAUUAACACAAGAAAAAAAGACAAUAAUUGCUCCGACGGCUACAAUUUUGUUCCUAAGAAAACGCAAGUGGUUAACCUUCAGCUAAAGCAGACAAAGAAUAAACGAUAUACAUGUGAUGAAUGUGGGAAAUGCUAUAUGCGUCGAUCUAGUUUAAUUUCACAUCAGGAAGGUCAUACAGGAGAGAAAUGUUUUUCAUGUUCAGAAUGUGGUAAACGUUUUACACGCAAAGCCUAUGUUUUUAAACAUAAGAAAAUUCAUACGGGAGUUAAACCGUUUUUAUGUUCAGAAUGUGGGAAAUAUUUUAGCCAGCAAUCACACCUGCUUGAACAUAAGAAAAUUCAUACAGGAGAGAAACCGUAUUCAUGUUCUGAAUGUGGGAAAUGCUUUCUUCAGAUAGCACACCUUAGCAGACAUAUAAAAUUACAUACAGGGAAAAAACCUUUCUCGUGCUCUGAAUGUGGCAAAUGCUUUAUCCAGAAAUCACAUCUUAUUAUUCAUCAGAAAAGGUAUAAGGUUAAGAAAACAUUUUCAUGUUCUGAUUGUGGGAAAUCAUUUUUGUGGCGAUCGUACCUUAUUAGACAUAAGAAAAUUCAUUCAGGAGAGAAACAAUUUUCGUGUUUUGAAUGUGAAAAAGAAUUUCUUCGACGUUCCGAUUUGCUUAGGCAUCAGAAAAUUCAUACAGGAGAGAAAUCGUUUUCAUGUUCAGAAUGCGGAAAAUCUUUCAUCCAGCGUUCACACCUGACUAGACAUCAGAAUAUACAUACAGGAAGCAAACCCUUUUCUUGUUCAGAAUGUGGGAAACAGUUUCUCCUAAAAUCACAACUCACCAGACAUUACAAAAUUCAUACAACUGAGAAAACCAUAUCAUGUUCCGAAUGUGGGAAAUGGUUUUUUUGGCUUUCAGAUCUUCGAAAGCAUAAGAAAAAGCAUACAGGAGAGAAACCAUUUUCAUGUUCUGAGUGUGGGAAAUGUUUUACUACCAAAUCAUAUGUUGCAGUACAUCAAAAGAUUCAUACAGGUGAAAAGCCAUUUUCGUGUUCAAAAUGUGACAAAUGUUUUAUUAGCAAAGACUAUCUUCGCAGACAUCAAAGAGUUCAUCUGAAGCGGAAGGAGGGACAGCAGAAGAAGAAGCGUAGGAACAGGAGGAAAGGGAGAUUUUAACAUAUUUAGGUGGGAUCAAAUAGACACCAAAUAAAGCUGUUAACGUGCAAA